UCUUCGCUUUUAAAUCAACAACAACAAAAUACAAGCGGUACCGGGACGUUAGGGGCCGGUUUGAGGCCUCCAAGCCGGGGACUCGCCUCUGAUGUGAGGAGGGAAAGAACCCGGCGAGGAUCCAGCGGUUACUGGGUGGCGACAUUUCCCCUCCCCUCCCCCUGCUGCCGCCAGGAGCAGAGAACUUGUGGCGGUGUGAAAUAUCCAGCAUGUCAAACAGCGCAAUCCCCCCGCGAUGGUUACAUUGUCCCAGGAGAGGACAACCAGUAGCAGGGAAGUUUUUGCCUCUGAAGACCAUGUUAGGAGCGAGGUAUGAUGAUCAAGUUCCUGAAGAGAAUCGAUUCCAUCCCAGUAUGCUUUCAAAUUAUCUAAAGAGUUUGAAGGUGAAUAUGGGACUUUUAGUUGAUUUAACGAAUACAAGCAGGUUUUAUGACCGGACUGAAAUAGAGAAAGAGGGAAUUAAAUAUGUUAAACUACAGUGCAAAGGACAUGCUGAGUGCCCCACCGAGGAGGUAACAAACAUGUUCAUUCGUUUGUGUGAGCAUUUCAUAAUGCAGCACCCCAUGGAAUUAAUAGGAGUACACUGUACCCAUGGCUUCAAUCGAACUGGAUUCCUUAUUUGUGCUUACUUGGUGGAGAAGAUGGAUUGGAGUAUUGAAGCAGCUGUUGCUACUUUUGCUCAGGCCAGACCUCCUGGCAUUUAUAAAGGGGAAUACCUGCAAGAGCUUUUUAGUCGCUAUGGUGAGGUUGAAGAUGCUCCUCCUCCACCAGAAAGACCAGAUUGGUGCUUUGAGGAUGACGAUGAAAAUGUUGACGAUGACGGAUGUAGGAUCAGUAAAGACUCGGAACCUGGGUCUUCAGGUUACAACCCAUGCAAAAGGAGGAAAGAGCGAAUUAAAUUGGGAGCAAUUUUUCUGGAAGGCUUGCAUGUUAAAGGAGUGAUGCAAAUGACAAUUCCAUCCAAGUUAUCAGAGAUCCAAAGAAAAUGUCAGCAGUACUGUGGAUGGGAAAGGGCAGGAUUUCCUGGAGCCCAGCCUGUUUCCAUGGACAAACAGAAUAUUAAAUUUCUCGAACAAAAGCCAUAUAAAGUCAGCUGGAAAGCAGAUGGGGUACGGUAUAUGAUGCUUAUUGAUGGCAAGGAUGAAGUGUACAUGAUUGACAGAGACAAUUCAGUGUUUCAUGUAGCAAACCUGGAGUUUCCUCUACGCAAAGAUCUGCGUCUUCAUUUGACUAGCACCCUUUUGGAUGGGGAAAUGAUCAUUGACAAAGUAGAUGGAAAACCUGUUCCUCGGUAUUUGAUUUAUGACAUAGUAAAGUUUAGUGGGAAGCCAGUUGGCGACUGUGAUUUUAAUGUUCGAUUGAGCUGUAUUGAGAAGGAGAUCAUUCAGCCACGACAUGAAAAAAUGAAGAGUGGGCAGAUUGACAAAACAAGGGAACCGUUCAGUGUUCGAAACAAACCAUUCUUUGACAUCCAUGCUGCAAGAAAGCUGCUGGAAGGAAGUUUUGCUCGUGAAGUCAGCCAUGAAGUGGAUGGACUAAUUUUUCAACCAACUGGGAUGGUGGCGAUACACGGUUUUCUUAAAUUUUUAUGCACAUCUUUACUUUGUGUUACGGGUUUCUGCAACUUCACCCAAACUAUUGUUUUGCAUAAAUACAAGCCUGGUCGGUGUGAUGAUAUACUGAAGUGGAAACCUCCAAGCCAAAAUUCUGUUGACUUUCGUCUGAAAAUAACUAAAUUUGGAGGAGAAGGCUUACUGACUCAGACUGUUGGACUACUAUAUGUUGGCAAUUAUGAACGUCCUUUUGCACAGAUGAAGGUAACCAAAGAACUGAAAAUGUAUGACAACAAGAUCAUUGAAUGCAAGUUUGAAAACAACAGCUGGGUUAUUAUGCGUGAAAGAUUAGACAAGAGCUUCCCAAAUUCCUAUGACACAGCUAUGGCUGUUUGUGGCAGUAUCACUAAUCCAGUUACGAAGGAAUUCCUGUUUGAGCUCAUUGAAAGGAAUCAGAUGCAAUCCCAAAGAGAGCCAAGGAAAAGGUCUCUGGAUAUGGACUCUGAACUAAUGCCUCCACCACCUCCAAAGCGACCAAAUCAUGCUUUUGUCCUGGCAUUUGCGGCACUCUGGAGAAGUGAAUUCCACAGAUUCAUGACCCUUUAAGAGAAGACCACUUCCAGUUGAAAAGCAGCGGAGUAAAUGAGUGGUUGAAUGAGCAUUGCCAGGAGGCAUUUGGAGCGUUGGAGGAGAAGAAAAUGUUUCCAUGAAAUUAUGAGGUUAGAUGAGGGAUAGCGUGUUUGUGAACCGAGUGCAGAAGAAAAAGAGUAUUUCUUUGAAAUUGGAAAUGAGGAUGCUGGACGUCAAAUACAGGAAUGUGACUGUCGGGGCAAUCUUUGAAAAAAUGAUUGUCUGGUUGCUCUGUUGAAAAUCCAAAUGUGACUUAGAUCAUUAAUCUUGGAAAACAAAGACAAAAAUUUAUGAAAUGAAGGUUUAUUUAAAAUUAACCAGAUGUUCCAGUUUUAAUUAAAAAGAAAUUGUGUGGACCCUGUUUCUGUCACCCUUCUUUACCACUGUUUGAACAACACCAGUCCAGUUGGGAUGUAGUACACUUUGUAGAAGGAGUUGAUGGCAAAUACAUUAGAAGUAGCAAAACUGAGCUAUGUGGGUGGGAAUAAUAGAAUGUUUUCUUUGGCGAAGGGCUGGAGGCGCCAGGUGAAAAGAUCUGGGGUCAGGCAACCUGAACUUGCCAAGAGUGAAAAGAAAAGUGUUGCAACUGUGUCUCAGCAGAGACUGCAUCAUGAGGUAAGGAUUCAAAAUGGAACUGGGUUGGGCAGGAAUUUGUAACAAUCUCUGGGAAGAGAGGCGGAUAGUAGAAAUAGGAAGGCUUGGGAGUGGUGAAGUUGUGGCUGGUUUGAAGUAGAUAGAGUUGCCUGGAAGAGAGCAGUCAGUGGAAUUCUAAAUAAUCGAUUGCCCCAUUCUGACCAUCACCAAUGCUGCAGUACCUCUCCUUGCCCUGCACCAUCGGACUCGCUUACUCCUGUCCCCUCAGUAGAAUUUACUAAGUGGGGAAACAGCUGUUAGUGAGAAUUUAAAUCUUUGGUGGCUAAUUCAACUGCCACAAGAGAACUUGUUUAAACAGCUGCUUCAUAAUAAGGUUGUUGGGUCCAAAGGGGCAUUUAAAUGACUCUUGAAUGGGCACAUGGAUGAUAGUAAAAUGUAGAGUAUGUGGGUUAGUUUGAUCUUAGAGUAGGAUAAAGGGAUACAUGUGCUGUAUUGUUCUAUGUUCUAACUAUCAGAAUUAUGUAAUUACCUGUCCUGAAUAAGUUGCAACUAGGUUAGAUGACAGACUUUGCAUGCUGUGGCCUUUCAGAGCAACAACAUGCAGAGGAAUUUGUUCAGAGUGUGUGCUCUGAGCUAAGUAUUUAAUGAUGUGGUCAUUGCUGUAUACAUUGCUGUAUGUGGUCAUUUAAGUUCAUGACAUCAGAUUUUCAUCUCCAUUUCUAAUAUAGAUUUGUGACAUUCUAUUUUGUAUGUGAAGAUUGAUGAAUUAGAGUGCUGGAUUACCAAAUAGGUAUUCAUUCCUUCAAAAUGUCCUAACCUGCAUACAAAUCUGUUCUUUACUUGAUUCUCUAUUUUGCUGGAAUUGGAACAGUUACGACUUAAAAUAAUCAGGUGUCUUAUUACUUAGGAAAUGUAGUCACAAUUUCGAUGCGGCACCCUCUGUUUGGAGAAACAAUAGCCUGGACUUUCUGACAGAUGAUAAUAGUUUCUGAAGUGUAGAUAGGAAUUGCACGUGGGAAUCUUGCAGAAUCCCCACCAUAGCAGAGUCCAAAGGAAUAGCCCAGGAAAUUGAAGAUUCAGUUGAGUGAAUCCCCUGUGCCUGGAACCCUUUGAGAGUAUACAUCAAAAUUCGAGAAUUUAGUGUGUUCCACUGCAGUUAACUAAAUAGUUAUUCAGACUAGGUUAUUCUAUUAAAUAUCUAGAAUAACUCCUAGUAACUACUCAAUUAACCCAUCCAACGUACUACAAUUCCCCAGUUAUGCCUCCCUGAGAUCCCUAAAAACUUGCCAGGCCCAGUCCUGAUACCUGACCCUCCUCUCCUCAACCCAACAUAUUAUUUCUAGCCCCACUAGCAGACCCGCUAUUCAUCCCAGGAUAUGAUAUGUCAUGCCCAGGCUCUUUGCUUGCCACCAGACCUGAUGCCACCCACCCACCCUGACCUAACCAUACAUUCAACUACUCACCUAGCACUCUUGCCACCCUGCACCCCGGCUCUCUGUUCAACUCUCAUGCUAACUCCUGGCACCCUAAUCCCAGCCUCUAUCCAUAAUGCCCUACCUAUCUGCCUUAACCUGCUUCCUGGAGAUAGAGCUGUGUGUGCUCUCCAUUUACUAAUGCAGUCACGUUAUCUUAUUCUUUUCCUGCUUUCUGCUAUCCAGUGGUACCCUACACACCUGGCACUGCAACCCAAUCCACCUGGCAUCCUGACCAAACACUUAACUGACUACAGUGAAAAACCCAGUGUGAUUUGUCUUCCCCUGACUGUUCUAUACAAUGAGGGACCUGUCAGAGUGGAAGUAUGGCUCCAUAUUUCUGAAGGAUCUCUAAUCAGAAUCUUUGAUUUUUGUAAACAAGGCAACCUGUGUGAGAUUGCCACACCUUGGAAAAUCCUGCCCAUCUGUGGAAUGCAGAUUGUCACGAGAUGUGGUGGUAUGUGAUCCUCAAAUGAAUUCUUCUGUAUAGCAAAUCUGUUCAUAUAUUUGAAGAGUACCACUAUACAGAUAAUCAAGUGUUAAAGAAAUGUAGUUUCUCUAUAUAAGUUGCCAGCAAAAUAAAUUCUGUCAAUAUGC